UACUUGUCCAGUGUCAGUGCCCGCCCUUUGGCAUCACCCUUCUCCCUGUUUAGAAAUUGAAGAGAGAGAGAAGAAAGAGAGGAAAAUAUUCAAUAUAUUACCAUAGAUAUACAAGUAUACAUAUAUUUAUGACAUAGGAAACCAGAGAGGAUUCCUGUUUCACUUUCCUCUUCCCUGAGAGCAUCUGUGAUUAGGGUUUUGCUUCUGCUGCUGCAGCUUGAGGAGGGUCCACUAGCAGAGCUUUUUCUUAGAAUACAAUGGGUUCUUAGAAUCGAGGUAGGUAAACCCCUCAAUCUUGCUUUUUCCCUGUUUUCAUCUUCUUAUUAUUGCUCAAUCAUAGACUUGGGGGUUUUCCUCUGAAACCAUUAAAAAAGAUCGGAUUUUUGUGAAAUCUGAGGGCAAAAGUUGUGUUCUUUGUUGGUUUUAUUUGAGGGUUAGGGUUUGAUGUCAAUGAAAGAGACAAGUUCUUGUUUUAGGUUGUUUUCACAGAGUGAGUUGGGGGGUAUGGUGACUCUGAUUUUAUGAGCAAGAAAGUCUUGGAUUUCCCCCCCAAUGAUCUGUGCAAUGUCAGAAGCGGGAGACCAAAGAUGGGUUUUUGAGCACACCCAUUUGAAAAUGUCUUGGAUUCAACACCAAAUCACCCAAAGAGAUGGUUUAAUGGAAUACCCACCUCCUAUCUCACCUUCAUCCUCACCUCCAUCAACCCCUUCAUCACCAUCACCAUCUUCAGGUGCCAAAAUUAGCCCAGCUGUUCUAUUUAUUAUAGUAAUCUUAGCUGUUCUGUUUUUCGUAUCCGGUCUCCUCCACCUACUUGUUAGAUUCCUCAUGAAACAACCAUCUUCUCCAAAUCAAUCUAAUGACAGAUACCCAGAAGUUUCAUCCUCUGAUGCCCUCCAAAGACAACUACAGCAACUCUUUCAUCUCCAUGACUCUGGUCUGGAUCAAGCUUUCAUAGAUGCCCUACCAGUCUUUAUGUAUAAAGAGAUAGUGGGUGCUAAUAAAGAGCCGUUCGAUUGUGCCGUUUGCCUCUGUGAGUUUACCGAGAAAGAUAAGCUUAGGUUGCUUCCUGUGUGUAGCCAUGCCUUCCACAUUAAUUGCAUAGACACCUGGCUUUUGACAAACUCAACUUGUCCGCUUUGUAGAGGGACCCUCUUUAAUCCAUCUAUUGAAAAUCCGGUCUUCGAUUACGACGAUUUGAGAGACGAGGAUGGGUUUCCCAACAACAGUGAAAAUGGGUUCGUUUCGAGUCAGAAGACGGUGCAAAUGGAAGAAAUUGUUAGUGAAAAGGGGGGUUUUCCAGUGAGACUUGGCAAGUUCAGAAAAUUAAACGAUGGUGCAGGGGAGACAGAUGUAGGUGAAACCAGUAGCAGUAAUUUGGAUGCAAGAAGGUGUUAUUCAUUGGGUUCGUAUCAGUAUGUGGUUGGUGAUACAAGCCUUAGAGUGGCCUUGACCUUGAGAAAUGAUCGAGAUGGUCGGGAUCUUAAGCUUGUGAAAGGAAGAGAAUGCAACAGCAACCCCUCAGUUGACGGGGAUGUGGAGGGGAAGAAGAUUAGUAUUGGGUCAAAAACAGAUAGCUAUUCUGUUUCCAAGAUUUGGCUCUGGUCUAAGAAAGGAAGAUUCGGAAGUUCUAUGGAUACUCAAUGAGUCAUUCUCCUUCGCUUGGUGUGAAAGGUACCUGCUUGGUUUCACGGUUGAUCAUUGACAAUAGAUUGAAGCUUGUUAAGCCUUUCGUUUUUCCUCCUAUCUAAAUUUUUGGCAAUGGUUGAGAAUUUUUAUGGUGGUUAUGGCGUUACAGAUGUGUACUUUGUCUUUUGAUUCAAACUUGGAAGCCUUACGGCCUACAAAGAUAGAGAUGACUUCUUCUCUUCAAGUAAAAGUAAAAAAUUGGUUUAACAUCUAAA